GACUCGUGCAUGGAACGCCUGGUAAAAUCUCACAUUGCGGGGCUAACUAACUAUACUAUGGCCCAAAUGGCAAUUCACGAGACAAAGAAGGUGCUCCGACGUGAAAUAAAGAAAAGGGUUGCAGCGAUGACCGAUGAUGCUAAACUGAAAGAAUCUACAUCAAUUGUUAGCAAACUACUUGGAAUGGAGGAGUACAAGUCCAGCAAGAGAAUUUCUGUUUAUCUCAGCAUGCCCUCGGAGGUUCAAACUGAAGGAAUUUUGAAGGAUAUAUUCCAGACAAAAAAAGAAUGUUUUAUCCCUCGCUACAUAGGCCCAAAUAUGGACAUGGUUAAACUGCACUCCAUGGAGGACAUGCUGUCAUUGCCAGUUACUUCCUGGAAUAUACAACAACCUUCAGAGGAAGAUGAAAGAGAAGAAGCAAUCUCAUCAGGGGGUCUGGAUCUUAUUGUUGUUCCAGGACUUGGCUUCACAAAGAAUGGUCUUCGUCUUGGUCGAGGAAAGGGUUACUACGACUCUUAUAUUAUGAAGUGCAUCGAAAAAUGUGAAAAGAAACCUCUUUUGGUUGGUUUGGCUUUCAGCACUCAAAUCUGCGAUGAACUCCCAGUGACAGAACGGGACAUGACGUUAGAUCACGUGAUCUCCGGUGAACCGGAUUAAAAAUACCUGUUAAGCAAGUUCAGUCGAUUAACUUACAGCAAUGAGUUCUGAGCUGUCUGAGCUCCGAAAUCAGAUUAGAGUUGCAGAAAAACAAAUACUACUAUUCUCGAAUCACAAUUACAAAAUAAAUAAACAAAUAAAUAUGAAUAUCGUUUUAAGACGCCUAUUUGACCAAAAUAUGACAAAUUUUAUACUGGUAACUUGAUAACGAAGAUAUCGACCAGUUUUCUCGUGCUGUCAGAUCACAAAGUGACACCGGUUACUUCGAUAGCUAACCACCUGUUACAAUAAAAAGUC